AUGGCUUUACAAACACCAAGACAAAGAGCUGCUAACGCUAGAUUUGAAAAGAAAAACACCAACCAAUGGGGUAAAGUCAAGAAAGUAAAUAACAAGACUGAAUAUCCAGUGUCAAAAUCAUGGUUGUUUGUUUUAUUGUUCUUGGUAUGUGGUGGUGCUGUAUUAGAAUUGAUUAGAUUGCUUUUCUAA